GCACGAUCUGUCAUUUCAUUAUUUGUUAUGUGAGGGAGUUUAUAGAAGUGAUUUGGGGGCGAAAAAGGACUUUUUUAACGCUUUUAUAUUAAGGAACGUAUAAAAAUGUCGCGAUUUAAAGUGACUCGAUUCAUUUCUUCAUCCCGAGAUAAGAAUUAUGGAUCAACUUCGGACGACAAUUACACAAUGAGGGACGUUGACUCUUUCGGUGAUGGAUUAUUACCUGAAGAUCAACCAAUUAUUGAUGAUCAGUUGUCCAGUUAUGAAAAAAAUAUGUAUUUAUACCAUGAAGAAAUGCCAGAAAGACCUAGGGUUGCAACACUUCUCAGUUCAUUGGCCAAUUACAAUGUAGCUAUUCCAAGUGUUGAUGAUAGUGAAGCAAAACCAAAACCAAAAAAAGCAAAUCUUGGGACUAUUGCUGGUGUUUAUCUUCCAUGUAUUCAGAACAUAUUUGGUGUAAUUUUCUUCAUUCGUCUUGUUUGGAUAGUUGGUGUUGCUGGUAUUCCACAAGCUUUUCUAAUUGUUUUGUUAUCAUGUUGUGUGACAUUCACAACUUGCAUUUCUUUAAGUGCAAUAGCAACAAAUGGUAUUGUUCCAGCUGGUGGAUCAUAUUUCAUGAUAUCUAGAGCCUUAGGUCCUGAAUUUGGUGGUGCUGUAGGAAUAUUGUUUUAUUUAGCAACAUCAUUUGCUGGAGCAAUGUAUAUUACUGGUGCUGUUGAAAUUUUUCUUAAUUACAUGGCACCAAGUUUAGCUUUAUAUGGAGAUUUUCGUAAUGACCAGGAAAUAAUGUAUCAUAAUAUUCGUACUUACGGAACCAUCCUUUUAGUACUUGUUGGAAUUGUUGUCUUCAUUGGAGUUCGAUUUGUUAGCAAAUUUGCCCCUAUUGCUCUCUUCUGUGUUAUUAUUUCUAUUUUAUCAGUAUAUAUUGGAGUGUUUACAAAUUAUUAUGGAAAUGAUCAUCUGUUUUAUUGUAAAUUGGGAGAUCGUAUACUUUCACAGAAUAGAAGUAUGACUUGUAGUAAAGAUCAAAAUAUUACCGAUUCACUUUUCCAUAUUUAUUGUCAUAAAAAUGAAACGGCUACUGGAAAUAUAACAGAUUAUAUUUGUGAUCCAUACUUUGAAAAUAAUGAUGCUGAAAAAGUUAAAGCAAUUCCUGGGCUUGCAAGUGGUGUUUUUUCUGAAAAUGUACCAAGUCAUUAUUGGGCAAAAGGAGAAUAUAUUUCUUUGAAAGAACCAGAAGAAAAAGAAACAAAACGUAAUCAGCUAGUUGCCGAUAUUACUACUACAUUUACUUUAUUAGUAGCAAUAUUCUUUCCUUCAUGCACAGGUAAGAUAGAUCUUUCUGGUGUGUUACUAUUUGGUGCAUCUUUUGAUAAUUUGUUUCUCAGAGAUAAAUUUGGAGAUAGUAUUGGUGGGGGAUUAGCAGUGGCUCAUUUAGCCUGGCCCCAUCCAAUAGUUAUUGUAGUUGGGUCCUUCCUCUCUACUAUUGGAGCUGGAUUACAGUCUCUUACUGAUCGUAUACUUUCACAGAAUAGAAGUAUGACUUGUAGUAAAGAUCAAAAUAUUACCGAUUCACUUUUCCAUAUUUAUUGUCAUAAAAAUGAAACGGCUACUGGAAAUAUAACAGAUUAUAUUUGUGAUCCAUACUUUGAAAAUAAUGAUGCUGAAAAAGUUAAAGCAAUUCCUGGGCUUGCAAGUGGUGUUUUUUCUGUUAAGCAUAAUUAUUGUAAAUUGGGAGAUCGUAUACUUUCACAGAAUAGAAGUAUGACUUGUAGUAAAGAUCAAAAUAUUACCGAUUCACUUUUCCAUAUUUAUUGUCAUAAAAAUGAAACGGCUACUGGAAAUAUAACAGAUUAUAUUUGUGAUCCAUACUUUGAAAAUAAUGAUGCUGAAAAAGUUAAAGCAAUUCCUGGGCUUGAUAAGUUUUUAUUAAUUAUAAGCAUUUAUAAAUUUAUAUUCAUGUAUUAUUUUAGAGCUGAAAAAGAAUGGGGUGAUGGUAUACAUGGUCUUGCACUUUCUGCUGCACGAUACAGUCUAUUAAAAUUAGAAGAAGGUCCACCACAUACAAAAAAUUGGAGACCUCAAGUAUUGGUCCUCUGCAAAUUAGAUGAUGAAUUAAGUCCUAGAUAUCGAAAAUUAUUUACCUUUGCUUCACAAUUGAAAGCAGGGAAAGGACUCACGAUAAUAUGUUCAGUUUUAGAAGGAGAUUAUUCUAAAAUGUACAGUGAAAGUCAGGCAGCUAAAUUAAGUUUAAGAAGAAUAAUGGAAGAAGAAAAAGUGAAAGGUUUUGCUGAUGUUGUUGUUGCUAAAAAUGUAUCUGAUGGCAUUUGUCAUUUAAUUCAGACAGCUGGCCUUGGUGGAAUGAAACACAAUACAGUAAUUCUUGGUUGGCCUUAUGGAUGGAGACAAUCACCCUACGAAAAAUCUUGGAAAGUGUUUCUUGAUUCUGUAAGAGAAGUUACUGCAAGUAAAAAUGCCUUAUUAGUGCCUAAAGGUAUUGAUCAAUUUCCAGAAAGCACACAGAAAUUAAGUGGAAACAUUGAUAUUUGGUGGAUUGUUCAUGAUGGUGGACUUUUAAUGUUGCUUCCAUUUUUAUUGAAGCAACAUAAAACCUGGAAGAAUUGUAAACUUCGAAUUUUUACAGUGGCACAAUUGGAAGAUAACAGUAUUCAAAUGAAGAAAGAUUUGACAACAUUUUUAUAUCAUCUUAGAAUUGAAGCAGAUGUUGAAGUGGUUGAAAUGAUGGAUAGUGACAUAUCAGCAUAUACUUAUGAAAGAACUCUUAUGAUGGAACAACGUAUCGAAAUGCUGAAACAUAUAAGAGUAAAUCGCAAGGAUUCGCUAAAUGUCCUCCAAUCUAUUGUCGAUCAUCAUUUUGUUCAAUCUCAAAGUCAAAGAAAUCCUAAAGUGAGAUUUAUAGAAACACCACAAGAAGAAGAAGAAGAUUUGUCGGAAGUGAGCUGUGAUAAGCCUGAAGAAGAAGGAAGAAGUUCUACGGAGAGAAAUUCUCCAGAAAACUCAUCAAAACCAGCAGAAACUUGUGAUCAGAAUAAUAAGGAAAAAUUUGAUGAUGAUGUGUUAAAUAUUAAGCCAGAUGAAGCAAAUGUAAGACGCAUGCAUACUGCUGUUAAACUCAAUGAAGUAAUUGUUACAAAAUCUCACAAUGCUCAGCUAGUCAUCAUCAAUCUUCCUGGUCUUCCUAAAUCUCAGAAAAUAGAAGCAAACUAUAUGGAAUUUUUAGAGGUAUUAACAGAAGGUCUAGAAAGAGUUCUAAUGGUUCGAGGAGGAGGAAGAGAAGUUAUAACAAUUUAUUCUUGAGUUAAUUUUUCUGACAUCCUGUUUUCCCCAAACACACAAAAUAUCCAUGCAGUUUCAUACAAACUUAAAUUUUUAUUAAUGCUUUCAGAUAAUUUAAUGCCUUGUUGGGCCGUACUUCCACAUGAGAAGUCUAAAAUU